AUGACAGGGGGCGCGCUGGGAAGUAUCGUGGGGACGGUCACUCAGAAGGAGGACGCAGAAGCGGGUGAGGCCGAGUUGGUGUCCCCCUUUGGGAUCGUGGCAGAGAACCGAGCCACGAGCCCCAAGAUGGGGAGUGAAGGCUGGCUGAGGACGCCAGGGGCGGUUCUCACCCAUCCAGGUGGAGAAACGAGCCCCGGCUGGAAGGGGCCAGAAGUCCCCAGGGAGGCCAGGGGGACCCUCACCAUGACAGGUGGCUCUGAGGCCACCAUCUUUGUCCUAAUUCCCCCAGGUGUGGUGCUGACAGAGACCAGGGAUCGUUGGCCGGAGCACAGCUUUGACCUCGUCGGCAGGGAGCUGUGCACACACCCCAUCAGAAAGCUGCAGGCCCGCGUCCUGCUCAUCAAGUGUCUGGACCCAGCACCCUCCAGUUGCCCCGACAGACGUGGAAAGCUGCAGGCCCGCGUCCUGCUCAUCAAGUGUCUGGACCCAGCACCCUCCAGUUGCCCCAACAGACGAAGCCCCCCUGGCAGCAAGUCUACGGAAGGAAGAGGGGCCUGCGCUUCCCAGGCUCACCUAGCCAUGGGUGGGGAGUGCCACCUCCUCUGGCCACACCUCACCAUGCGCCCUGCCCUUCUCCAGUGGUUCCAGUUUGUGGCAGUCUCAGGCAAUCACUACACCCACAUGAAUGAGCCCCACAAAGUGGCCACCAUCACCAACUCCUUCUUACAAAGUAAACAUGGGAUCCCAGCCCAGCUGGAGCUCUGGGCCUGGGGCUUCAGCAACCUUGUGCUCACCAGAUUUACCAGCCCCCACCUGGACUCCAGCUCCCAUGCCCCCCAGCAAGGCCAGGUGUGGCGGGCAUGGGCCCCGGUAGUCUUGAAGACCAGCACAGUUGGCAGAGUUAGGGGGAAGGGGGCAAGAUCAUGACUUUACCACUCGUGACUUCAAGA